AUGGCCGAGCAAUACGACCGAGAAGGGCGACCAUUUCCUUACACCCGAUCGAAGACGCGAUGGCGCAAGCGGCCGAGUGACGAGCUCAAGUACUUGAAAGCGCAAGUGGUUGACUUGGAGAAGCUACUUGCAGCUCUCAGCCACUCUGACUCGUCCCGUCCGAGACUUCUGAACGACGGAGAGACGACCAGUGACAACCAAGUUGAGAUGCUCCAAAAACUUUACCGAGAAAGUGAAGUAGACAAGUUAAAAGACGCGAUGAAGCAGAACCAGUACCUGCGAGCAAUGCUCGUCCGGAAAGUUCACUUGGCUCGAUCUCUCCAGUCCGCCAUUAGUGAGCAGAUGCGACUAGGCGUACGGAAGAUAUCGUGGCCAACCCGUGAAGGAGCAGCAGAUGAAGUGAUUUUCGCCUUGCUAGAUGAAGAGAAAGAGCGUCAGUUCGCUGUGCUUGACGAAAUGUUGGAGCAAAGCGGGAUGGCACGAGUUUAUCACCAUUCAUUCUCUAGGCUCCUGCUUCAUCAAAGCGGGAAAACAGUGUCGUUCCAGCACAAUGAAGUGCGCCUGCUCCCGUUUGCCGUGUCGGAUGUCGCUCGCGCAUUGCGCCACAGCUUGAGUUUUGGGGCGCGAGUUGGGCCGACCAAGCAUUGUCGAGACAUCCGCAUGUACGAUAGCUACUUCCACGCGGUUACUGCUGACAGCGUCCAGCUGCCAGACGCCCAAUCUGCGGAGGUCAAGUCGAGAGUGCUUCAGUUGUGUGUCACUCAGCCAGAACGCACUGUGGUGACCUGGUCGGGCUACGUCGAGUAUAAAAGCCACAAGUUUAUUCGCCUACUGGAGAAAACGUGGGUCGUCCUGGAGUCCAUUCCGAUGCCGGCAACGGGAGGAAGGACUCAUGGGACGUUGAUGCGGGUGGUUGUUCGCUUGACGCCAGUCGAAGCUGAGCUAGAUCCACAGAAACCGGAGGAUAUUGUGGAGAUGGCAAAUGUAGUCGUAAGCACUUAUCAACGCCAUGGACAACGAAUGCUCCAGUCGAUGCUUGAACAGCUGAGCGAUUGCAUGAGAACGGGAACACGCAUUUGA